AUGGAAGACUGGGGUAUGUUCGUCCUUAAAGAGAAGUUCAAACCUAUAAAGGACGGUUUAAAAGAGUGGCACAAAAUGCAUUCCCAAAACCUUGGAGAAAGAAUCAAAACAUCAAAAGCAGUUCUGAACAAAUUAGAAAUCAAAGAACAGAAUGAAGGAUUGUCUUGCAAGGAAAUCGAAGAAAAAAGGGAGAAUGCGGAUGAACUUUACAAGUUUUCAAAUCUUAACUGUAGCAUUCAACGGCAAAAAUCAAGAAUCAAAUGGCUAAAGGAAGGAGACGCGAACACUAAGUUUUUUCAUGGUUGUAUAAACAGGAGGAGGAGGAUCAACGAAAUUGUGCACCUCGACAUAAACGGAAAAAAGGUUGAAAAGGUGGAUGAUAUGAAGAAGGCGAUUUUUGAUCAUUUCCAACAACAACUUUUGGCAAGAAAUUCAUGUAGUAUGGAUGCAAAUCUAAACUUCCACCAAAUCUCAGAGGCAGAAAAGGAAGAGCUAGUCAAAGAAUUCACAGUAGAAGAGAUUCGUAGAGCUGUCUGGGAUUGA